UAAGAAAAGGAAUGUCAUAAUUCAGCCACAAGUAAGGGGUCCCAUGGAUGCUCAUGUGAGACGGACACCUGAACAAGUGGUUGCUGAUAGGAGGCUUAAAGGCCGUAACCAAACUACAAUAGAGAACCGGAUGAGAUCAGCUGAAGAGAAAAAGAGAGUUGAUAAUCAUAUUGUCGAUUGGCUUUAUGAGUGUGGGAUUCCAUUUAAUGCACUAAAGUCAAGAAGCUUUGAAGUGAUGAUUGAAUCCGUUGCACAAUAUGGGUCAGGAAAUAAGCCCCCUACUUAUCAUGAAGCGAGGGUGCCUUUGUUAAAGUCAGCAAAGGAGAGAACUGCAGAGAUGAAAAAGACCUAUGAAGGGUAUUGGAAGCAGUUUGGAUGUACACUCAUGUCUGAUGGGUGGAGAGAUAAAAAGGGAAGACAUUUGAUCAACUUCCUUGUCAACUGUCCGGAGGGGACUUAUUUUAUGGGUUCUGUUGAUGCAUCAAGUUAUGUACAAGAUGCAAAUACCUUGUUUCAAUUACUUGAUAGCAAGGUAGAAGAAAUUGGGGAAGAAUAUGUUGUGCAAGUUGUUACAGAUAAUGCUACCAAUUAUAAAGCAGCUGGUGCAUUGUUGAUGAAGAAGAGGACAAGGCUCUAUUAGACUCCUUGUGCAGCCCACUGCAUUGAUCUUAUGUUGGAAGAUAUUGGUAACUU